UCUACCUGAAGUGCGGCUUUGAGUAAAUGUAUAAAGUGAAACUAGGAAUCGAUUCCCCCGGAAAGGGAAGGGCGUUUACGCCGUCGUCCGCCUGCGUCUCGUUACUUCGCUUUCCCUGCCUCGCCAAAGUUUCAAACUUUUGCGGAACUUUUUUUUAUUUUCUAACUUCUUUAUUUGGCUCGUCGGCUCCUAUCGGACGACACCCCGCACAAUACAAUCACCGGCGGUGGAGGUGAAGUCGUCCGACCGAGACGUUGCCGGCCAGAUGGCGUCGUCCGUGACGCUGGAAGAGGCUCUUUCGAACGUGGACCUGUUGGAGGAGCUUCCUCUGCCCGACCUGCAGCCGUGCAUCGAGCCACCGCCUUCCUCCAUUCUCUAUCAGGCCAACUUUGACACCAACUUUGAGGAUCGCAAUGCUUUUGUUACCGGGAUUGCCAGGUACAUCGAGCAAGCAACUGUCCACUCCGGAAUGAAUGAGAUGCUGGAGGAAGGCCACGAGUACGCUGUCAUGCUCUACACCUGGAGGUGCAUCUCCCGGGCUAUCCCACAGGUGAAGUGCAAUGAACAGCCGAACAGAGUGGAGAUUUACGAGAAGACGGUGGAGGUCCUGGAGCCCGAAGUCACAAAACUCAUGAACUUCAUGCAUUUCCAGCGAAAGGCGAUCGAGAAGUUCUGCGAGGAGAUGAAGCGUCUGUGCCAUGCUGAGCGGCGCAAGGACUUUGUGUCCGAAGCAUACCUACUCACGCUGGGCAAGUUCAUCAACAUGUUUGCCGUCCUUGACGAGCUCAAGAACAUGAAGUCGAGCGUCAAGAACGACUACUCCGCCUACAAGCGAGCUGCUCAGUUCCUGCGCAAGAUGGCUGACCCGCAGGCCAUCCAGGAAUCUCAAAACCUGUCCAUGUUUCUGGCAAGUCACAAUAAAAUCACGCAGACUCUGCAGCAGCAUCUGGAGGUGAUUCCCGGCUACGAGGAGCUGCUGGCUGACAUCGUGAACCUCUGUGUGGAGUUUUACGACGACAAGCUGUACCUGACUCCCAGUGAGAAGCACAUGCUUCUCAAGGUGAUGGGCUUUGGGCUCUUCCUCAUGGACGGUGAGAAGAGCAACAUCUACAAACUGGAUGCCAAGAGAAGGAUCAGUCUGAACAAGAUUGACAAGUUCUUUAAGCAACUGCAAGUGGUGCCACUAUUUGGAGACAUGCAGAUCGAGCUGGCUCGCUACAUCCAGACUAGUGCUCACUACGAGGAGAACAAGUCCAAGUGGACCUGCACCUCGCAGAGCAGCAGCCCCCAGUACAACAUCUGUGAGCAGAUGGGUCAAAUUCGCGACGAUCACAUCCGCUUCACGUCCGAGCUGGCCCGACACAGCAACAGCGAGGUGGUGAAGGCAUCGGGUCAGGACAGCCAUAAGACGGACGAGCAGCAUCGUGAGCUGUGCGACCUGGCUUUGCGUGGCCUCCAGCUGCUGUCCAAGUGGAGUGCCCACGUCAUGGAAGUGUAUUCCUGGAAGCUGGUGCAUCCCACGGAUAAGUUCUCCAACAAGGAGUGUCCGGACAACGCGGAGGAGUACGAGAGGGCCACACGCUACAACUACAACUCCGAGGAGAAGUUUGCGCUUGUCGAGGUGAUAGCGAUGGUGAAGGGCCUGCAGGAUCUGAUGGGCCGCAUGGAAAGCGUCUUCAACCAGGCCAUUCGGCACACGGUCUACGCCAAGAUACAGAACUUCGCCAAGCUCACCCUGCGUGAGCCGCUGCGCCAGGCCAUUAAAAAGAAGAAGAAUGUCGUCAUCAGCGUGCUGCAGGCGAUCCGCAAGACGUGCUGCGACUGGGAGGCCGAACCGGCCAACGACCCCUGCCUCAAGGGAGAGAAGGACCCCAAGAGCGGCUUUGAGAUCAAAGUGGCGCACAGGGCAGUGGGCCCUUCCAGCACCCAGCUGUACAUGGUGCGUACCAUGCUGGAGUCGCUGGUGGCCGACAAGAGCGGCGCGAAGAAGACUCUGCGCAGCACCCUGGAGGGACCGUUCAUCCUCGCCAUUGAGGAGUUCCAUCGCAGCUCCUUCUUUUACCCCCACCUCCUCAACUUUGGGGAGGCCCUGCAGCAGUGCUGUGACCUCUCCCAGCUGUGGUUCCGUGAGUUCUUCCUGGAGCUCACCAUGGGCAAGAGGAUCCAGUUCCCCAUCGAGAUGUCCAUGCCGUGGAUUCUCACGGACCACAUCCUCGAGACCAAGGAGCAGUCCAUGAUGGAGUACGUCCUGUAUCCGUUGGACCUGUAUAACGACAGCGCUUACUACGCCCUCACCAAGUUCAAGAAACAAUUCCUCUACGAUGAAAUUGAAGCGGAGGUGAAUCUGUGCUUUGAUCAGUUUGUGUACAAGCUGUCAGACCAAAUCUUCACCUACUACAAGGCGCAGGCUGGAAGUCUGCUGCUGGACAAGAGGCUGCAGACGGAGCUCAAAAACCUUGGGGUGUCGAUCCCUCACCCCCCCUCCAACCGGUACGAGACUCUGCUCAAGCAAAGGCAUGUGCAGCUGCUCGGCCGUUCCAUCGACCUGAACCGGCUCAUCACGCAGCGCAUCUCGGCUGGAGUCUACCGCUCCCUAGAGCUUGCCAUCAACCGCUUUGACAGCGAGGACCUUACCUCGGUUGUGGAGCUGGAGGGGCUGCUGGACGUGAACCAGCUGACGCACAAGCUGCUCAGCAAGCACCUGACGCUAGACGGCUUCGACGCCAUGCUGCGUGAGGCCAACCAUAACGUGUCGGCUCCGUACGGCCGCAUCACCCUGCACGUUUUCUGGGAGCUCAACUACGACUUCCUGCCCAACUACUGCUACAAUGGCUCCACACACCGAUUUGUCAGGACUCAGUACACCUUUGCCCAGAAGCUGGAGAGGGACAAGCCGCCAAACGCGCAGCCACAGUACUUGUUUGGCACCAAGGCACUCAACACGGCCUACACGUCCCUGUACGGCUCCUAUCGGUACUUCCUGGGCACCCCUCAUCUGCGAUCCAUCUGCCGACUGCUGGGAUACCAGGGCAUUGCCGUGGUGAUGGAAGAACUUCUCAAAGUGGUCAAGAGUCUGCUGCAGGGCACCAUCCUGCAGUACGUAAAGACACUGAUGGAGGUGAUGCCCAAGAUCUGUCGCCUCCCGCGCUACGAGUACGGCUCCCCAGGAAUCCUGGAGUUCUUCCACCACCAGCUCAAGGAUAUCGUGGAAUACGCCGAGCUCAAGACCGACGUCUUCCAGAGCCUGCGCGAAGUCGGCAACGCCAUCCUCUUCUGCCUCCUCAUUGAGCAGAGUCUAUCACAAGAGGAGGUGUGUGACCUCCUGCACGCCGCGCCCUUCCAGAACAUUCUGCCCCGCGUCCACGUAAAAGAGGGGGAGAAGCUGGAGGCAAAGAUGAAGCGGCUGGAGAGCAAGUACCAGCCCCUGCACCUCGUGCCGCUCAUCGAGAGGCUAGGGACCCCUCAGCAAAUAGCGAUUGCACGUGAGGGCGACCUGCUGACAAAGGAGCGGCUCUGCUGUGGCCUCUCCAUGUUCGAGGUGAUCCUGUCGCGCGUACGCGCCUACCUGGACGACCCUGUGUGGCGGGGGCCGCCCCCCACCAACGGCGUGAUGCACGUGGACGACUGCUGCCAGCUCCAUCGCCUGUGGAGCGCCAUGCAGUUCGUCUACUGCAUCCCCGUGGGCACCAACGAGUUCACCACUGAGCAGUGCUUUGGGGAUGGCCUUCACUGGGCCGGCUGUUCCAUCAUCAUGCUGCUGGGCCAGCAGAGGCAGUUCGACAUGCUGGACUUCUGCUACCACCUGCUUAAGGUGCAGAGGCACGACGGCAAGGAUGACGUCAUCAAAAACGUGCCGCUGAAGCGGAUGGUGGAGCGGAUCCGCAAGUACCAGAGCCUCAACAACGAGAUCUUCGCCACGCUCGGCAAGUACCUGAAGGCGGCCGACGCCGAGGCCAUGCCCAUUGAGCACGUGCGCUGCUUCCAGCCGCCCAUCCACCACUCGCUCGCCAGCAACUGAGACGCGGAGCCGGAGACCGAGGGGGGGGGGGCGGAGCCUCGGGGGGCGGAACGCGAGUGCAGUAGAGAGAGAGGGAGCCGGUGAGAGGGAGGUAAAUGGGAAAUACGGCUCGUUACCUCUCUGGCGGUUCUUGCCUGUGGUUGCAACCGUCGUGCCAGGAGGUGUGGAAGCAAACCAGCAGCCUCUGGACUGCAAGUCAAGGGGCGGUUGACCUUUACUCCGCAGCUUGAUUUUUCCAUUUUUUUGUUGAAUGCAUAUUUUUCUUUAUAACGCUUUGGCAGCAGUGCACAGAUAAGAGGAGGACCGCCCCUCGGAGGGACGAAUAUGUAAUGGGUGACGUUUAGAGCGGCGAGGGCCCUUCCUAUCCGAGUGGUCGUAACUAAAGAGCUUCUGUCUUCUAUGGAGAAGAAGAAGAGCCUCUUCCUUACCCAUCCUGUCAUAGAUGCGGCUAUAAACUAAACUAACUUUUUUUAUUUUACCAGUUAAGGCCCACUGACCUACGCAGCUCUUUUUCAGAAGUAACCUGGCAACAAAUGUUAGCUCAACGAAGUGGCUUAUCAUGACGUGGAAAUGUA